AGGAAUGAUGGAAAAACAGAAGCUGAACCGUCAAAACAUAAACAGAGUUAGCACACACUAGUGAGCGCACAUCGUCUUUAAUUUCACUCUCUUUAUACACGCACUUCUCAUGUCGUGUGUUUUUACUCCAAGGUUUUCUAUCCAAGGUGGAAGAUCUAGCUAAGUAGUUUAGUAGGUUGAAGACAAUAAAUCUGCACCGAAGAUUAGAACAAAAUACGUACUGUAGCUAACUAGCUACGCUCGUCGGGCCUACGACUUGUAGUUAAGAGGCUCUCCUCCUGUCCACAGGAAGAGAGAAUCAGGAUGGCGGAGGCAGAUGGUAAAUCCAGUGUGCUUAACGGUGGGUCCGAGGAGCCAGAUCCAGGAGAGGACCAGCGUGGGGAGGGAGAUGCUUCCACGGCCACAGAGGGACAGUCUGGCUCUCAAGCAGGUGAUCAUAGACUCAAUCCAGAGGGACAGUCUGGCUCUCAAGCAGCUCCCAAAGAGGCAGGAGACAGUGCUAAGGACAAGCCAACGCCAGAUGCAGAGGGUGAGAGGGUGCCUGGCGAGGGAGAGGAGGAAGAAGACAUGGACGGCAGCGGCCUCUACUCCCUGAACGAGGAAGGGGAGCGAGAUGGUGAGGGGGGUAGAAGAGAGAGAGUGAAGGAGAGAGAUGCAGGAAAGAGGGCCGCCAGAAAGAGGAACCGCCCGAGCGGUGGCACCGCUCACCACUCCUCCAGCUCUGAAGAGGAGGAUGAUGAUGAGGAGGAGGAAGACCAAGAAGAGGAAGAGGACGAGCAGGCCUUGGACGUGUGGCUGGGGGCGGAGCUGCGUGAUCUCAGCAGGCCAUCAUGGCGGGCGGUGCCCUCCCUGCUGUUGAGGGAGAUUGGCCGGGGCUCGCACCAGUUUGUGAGGCGUGUGUGUGGCGCGCGGGGGCUGGUCCAGAGGCUGGAGCUACAAGGGCGCCUGGAGAGACACACCGGCUGUGUGAACACCCUGCACUUCAACCCCUCAGGCACACGCUUGGCCUCUGGCAGUGAUGACCUACGGGUUGUGGUGUGGGACUGGGCACGUCGUCGGGCUGAGCUGGAGUUUGACAGCGGGCAUAAGAGCAAUGUCUUUCAGGCAAAGUUUCUUCCCCACAGUGGAGAUUCAACUCUGGCCAUGUGUGCCCGGGACGGUCAGAUCAGAGUGGCUGAGCUCUCUGCUAUGCAACGCUGCAAGAACACCAAGAGAGUGGCUCAGCAUAAAGGGGCAGCACACAAGCUGGCCCUGGAGCCAGACUCUCCCUGCUGUUUUCUGUCGGCUGGGGAGGAUGCCGUGGUGUUUGGCAUCGACCUGCGCCUCGACCGGCCUGCCAAUAAACUGGUGGUGGUGAAGGAGGGGGAUAAGAAAGUGGGGUUGUACACCAUCUUUGUGAACCCUGUCAACACACACCACUUUGCUGUGGGAGGGAGAGAUCAGUAUGUCAGGAUCUAUGAUCAGAGGAAGAUAAAUGAGAAUGAUAAUAAUGGCGUACUGAAGAAGUUCUGUCCAUCUCACCUGGUGUCCAGCGAGUCCAAAACUAACAUUACCUGCUUACUGUACAGUCACGAUGGCACAGAGCUCCUGACUAGUUACAACGAUGAGGACAUCUAUUUGUUUGACUCCAGCCACAGUGACGGUGCAGAUUACUGCAGGCGAUACAAGGGCCAUCGCAACAAUGCUACAGUGAAGGGGGUUAACUUCUAUGGGCCUAGCAGUGAGUUUGUGGUCAGUGGCAGUGAUUGUGGACACAUCUACCUGUGGGACAAGGUCUCAGCUCGCAUAGUCCAGUUCAUGGAGGGAGACAGAGGAGGAGUGGUGAACUGCCUGGAGCCCCACCCUCACCUCCCAGGUCUGGCCACCAGUGGUCUGGAUCAUGAUGUUAAACUUUGGGCCCCCACUGCCGAGAACCCCACAGGGCUCAAGGGCCUCAAAGAUGUGAUGAAGAAGAACAAGCGUGAGCGUGACGAGGACACUGUUCGACAUGGAGACCAGUACGACACACAGCUCCUGUGGUUCCUGAUGAGACACAUGAGAAACAGACGGUCCCAGAGGACACGUCGGGAGGGUGCAGAGGGAGACACUGAUGAGUCAUGGAGCUCUCCAGAUUCCUCUGAUGAAGAGAAUGGAGGGCCGGACCACGUCCAGUGCAUGUCCUCCUGAGCCAAGGAGAUAUACAAGCCACACACACACUCUGCAUUGCCCUAGUAUUGAUGCAUAUACGCAGGCACUAUCGACACACUGGCACACACAUGAACACUGAGAGACCAUGAAGUAACAGUAAAAAGGUAUUCACACACAGACAUACAAACAACGGAGGGAGGGAGGGAGGGAGGGUGACUGUAGGAUAGACUGAGACACACAAAACCUCACUUCUAAUCAGACGGAGUGAAUUGUAGAUAGUUUUGUUCAUGCACAGUCUGAGGGGAGGGGGCUUAUACAAACACUCUCAACCCUGAUUUUGAUCUAACCUGUAUUCGAGGGAGGCUGACAAGUGCUCACAUCGUUACACAACCAGUUAGACACAUCUACACACAUACAUAUGCUCUGCCAAGCCAGAGAACAUUAACACUUCAACAUCACAUCUCACAAUCAGUUACCCAUCAUCUGCAGUGCACAUGUUACCCCGCUCUCUUUCCCCUCUACUUUUCUGUCAGGGGAUUUGAGGAGAGGAGGCAGAAAGGAGAUGAAUGAAAUGUACCCUCCGACCUUUUAAUCAACCCUCAAAUGUGAUUCACUCCAUAGAUUUUUUGCAAGGGCCAAACCAGAGCCCCAUAACAACCUCUCUAGGUUAGCCUCAGAACAUCAGCAUGUGGUCAAUCAGCUUAGCUUGCAGAUGGCUCAUACCUGGUGACUGCAUCCCUUAUAUUCUGCUGUGUUUUUUUUCACAUCCCUCAGCCCAAUGCCUUGCCCCCCCCCCCACCUCCCACGCUACUGAGUGCACUUUAAUCAGGGAUGUGUGGUUUGAGUUUCUUAGACAAAGUGUGCACUGGGGGGCCAACCAUGCAUUGUAAUGAAACAUUGGCUACAUUGGCUCCCCAGAACACCUCAGCAAAAUAAAGGUGUAUUCUUGUAAAACGAGACAGAUAUUUGACUAGUUUAGUUUGGGAUUUGCACUUAGCAGGAGUGUCUUAAACAGCUCCAGCUGAAAGAUUCCCUCUGCUUCCACCAACCCCCUCCCUCCUUCUCCUUUACAAUCCUCCUGGAUGAGCACCCUGACCUAAGCCUUUACCUCCAUAAAGGCCUCAGCCUCUACCUCCCUAAAGGCCUUCCCACGCUGUACGUCAAUCUGUAUUUUACGAUUAUUACAUGUCACACUGUGCGAUGUUACCAAAUUAAAAUCUUGAUAUCAACCUGGCCAGAUUGUACAAUUUGCUUCAGUUCUGUCAUCACAUUCUGCGAUUGGCUAUGUCAGCUGCAGCAGUGUAUUUGAUCUGUGCAUGUGCCAGCACCAGCAGCGCAAGUCUCCCAAGCGAGUUCGGAGACAAUUAAAGUAUGCAUCUUAGAAAUAGUUUUCACAUACAAACGUAUAUAUGUCCGAACUCAGAAUCAAAUAGGCUUCCCAAAAAUAACAUGGUCUUUGGGGUAUAACUUUUAUUUUGAUUGGGGAUUUUUGUUCAUUUAUCAAAGUCCCAUCAGGUAGCCUGAUUUCAGAUGUCAUGUAAACAAGAUUAUUAGGGAAAUCGUUCUUCUUGCAAAGCAUGUAAAUGUUUAAAUCGAACUAUUAUAUUAAUCUGACUUAUUGUGUGCAUAAUCAGUGUCGGCCGUGUUCCUAUUGGUCGUAAAACCAGCCACACUACACGAUAAAGGCUCAACAUUUCUGACACUGCUAGAACUUUGUCGAAGACAUAGACCCUGUCACACUGAACGAGCCAAGAUGUCCGACAAUUGUUUACGACCUAAGAAUUUGACCACGACGUGGAUAUUUUGUCUGGGACGACAAAAUCGUGGCAUAAAAUGGCUAAAGUCGUAGUCUGUGCGAGCCUUAAGCCAUCUUCUUUCUCAGAGUACACGUCAUUGAGCUGGAGGGCUGCUGAGGAACACCUGGAUGGUCUCAUUGCAUAAUGGAUAUAUACUGUACAUCCAAAAGGAUUCUCACUUUUCUGUUUGAGGAACCCUGAUGAGAAGGACGUAAGCCUCAAGUCCUGCUACCUACAUCCACGGCUCAUGCCAGCUGUCAGUCUCUGCCAGAGAUCAGACUCCGUAAUGGAGAAGCAGGGAUUUCUCUGGAGAUUAGGGCCCGUAUCCACAAAGCAUCUGAGUAGCAGUGCUGAUCUAAGAUCUGUCCAUAUGAUCUUAUUCAUUAUGAUCUAAAACUGAUCCUGGAUCAGCACUCUUACUCUUAGAUGCUUUGUGGAUACGGCCCAGAUGUAGAGACUGCUGUUUGGCUCUCUUUGUGGGCUUUCAGAAGCCAUUCCUCAAUCUGUAUUUUAGGCCAUCUGCCCUGUCAGACCUUCCUGGGGGACAGGAGGAGGAAGGAUUGAUCUGCUUGCCAGUUUUUGUUUUUAGAGCGAUAAAAUCCAGCUUUUUCUCUUUUUGUAUGAGAAUUAUAGAAGUUUGAUUAAUUUAUGUACAUAUAUUAAAACUGUAAAGAAGUCAUCUUUAGCAAUGUUUGAUUGGUAUUGAUGCAGAGGUUUAUAUUAUAUAUGAGGACAAAGUACUUUUAAAAUGAAGAUACAAGGAUGGCUUUAGUUUUUUCUUCUAUACAUUAUAUCCCCAAUUGUUACAGUAUAUCGGUAGGAUUCAGUUAAACAAUGAAUCAAGUUUGGUUCCUUCUCAUUAUCAAUUUACAAUUUUCUCCUUUCACGAUCUUGACUGUUUGGUAACAGCCGUAUUCAGACUAUCCAGCUGGCUAUUUUUAUUUGUUAUUGUAUACAUCUUUAGGCUUUUGAUCAAUGAUUUAUCCCAGUGCUGCCUAAUAUUGUGUUCUACCGGUUCAGUUGGAAACAUGUAAGAUUUGUGCAAUAAACAGAAAACUGUC